GAGGUGACGUUCGUCUAUUCGUCUCUUCCUCCUCCCUCUCUCCCAUCCGAACGACAUCGAUUUGGAGAUGCAUUUUUUUGAACUUUAGGUAGAAUUUUUGUGGGAUGCGAUGAAUUCCUCGCAGUUCAUGGACAAGCAGGUGACGGUGCUGUCGGGGAGAUCGCAGAGCGGCGACCUCUUCGAUCUGAUGGACCUCCAAGAGGAGCACCAGAACAAUGGAGGCGUGUUCACGGUGGAGGAGAUUCUUCCGAGUUACGACUUCCAGCCUAUCCGGACUGUCGGCUCGUGGCCGCCCAUGAAUGCCGGCCUCGAUGGGGCCUCCAAGAAGAUGGGUUCCUCCAGUCUCAGGGUAUGGUAUUCCGGUGUUCUGGAACCCCUUGAAAUAGCAAAAGUUAGUCAUGAGAAAGAAAGGGAUGCAUAUGAUGUGGCUAGAGUGGUUGAGAUUGAUCGUGCGGUGAAGAAAUAUGCUGAUAAUCUGCUACAUGCUUUGGAAGGUGUAAGUUCUAGGUUGUCACAACUGGAGAGCAGAACUUGUUACCUUGGAAGCUCUGUAGAUGAAUUGAAGGUUUCUGUUGGGAAUAAUCAUCGCAGCACUAAUGGGAGGCUAAGACAAAUAGAGAAUAUUUUAAGAGAGGUCCAAACUGGUGUGCAAGUUUUGCGUGAUGAACAAGAUAUUGCAGAAGCUCAGCUACAACUUGCCAAGCUACAAGCUUCCAAGGGAGAACAGUUACCUGGAAAGGCUAGCAUCGGACAACCAGACUCUUGGCAACAAGUACCUCCUCCACAGCCUGUCCAACAACCACUUCAAACCCCAGCUGCUCCACCUCAACCAUCUCCACAUCCUUCUACCUUUGUUCCUAAUGCUCCUCCUCCACCUCCACCACAACAAAAUCCAUCUUCCAUUCCUUAUUUUUCUCAAUUGCCUCAGUCACAGAUGCCCACUGUCCCAUCUCCAGCUGGAGAGCCCUACCUGGGCCCACCGGUUCAGCCAACAUAUACUACACAUCAACUGUACCAGAUGCGUGUACAGCAAUCACAGCCACCAUCACCACAACAGUACCAAUCAGAAUCUCAGCUACAGCAGCCAUUCUCUCAACCAAUCCAGACAGACCAACCUCCAAAUCCUUCUCCACAGCUUCAACCAACAUUGUCCCACCCCACCGAGGAGUCAGCACCAUAUAUGUCACCAUCUCAAAGCUAUCCUCCUAGCAUCUGCCAACCUGCACCUCUCACUCAGCCAUCAACCAGGUCACCUCCUACUCAACGAUUUUAUGGGCCCAAUACCAGCAUGUAUGAACCUCCAGCAAGCAGGCCGAGCCUUGUCCCUAUACCCUAUUGUGCUGCUUAUAAUAUACCAACUGGUGCUAGCUUCUCGGAACCAUAUAGUUACAGUGGAUCACCUUCCCACUAUGGUAGCUGUACAAUGAAGCCAUCUCCCUUUUCUUCCUCUGCGGCAUCAGGUGGAAGCAACUACCAGCACCUCCCAAUGGCUGAAGUAUUGCCGCAAGCACUGCCAACUGAAUCAAGUUCUGGCGGGAGCACUGGGAAUGGAGUGGCAAUUGAUGAUGUUGUGGAAAAGCUUGCAUCAAUGGGGUUCUCGAGAUAUCAGGUUAGAGCAACCGUGCAAAAACUUACAGAGAAUGGGCAGUCCGUGGAUCUGAAUAUUGUGCUUGAUAAACUUAUGAAUGAUGGGGACAUCCAGCCACAGAAAGGUUGAUUUGGACAGGGUGAUGUGUGAUUACUUCUGUUAUUGCUUUGUAAACAUAUUGUCGGUGAAUCAUCUCAUUUUCUGUAGCAGUGGAGGGUCUGUGUGGGGGACCUGGAUUGGACUCCAGAUGCUAUUGGAGUGCAGGCCGGGUUCUAAUUAAUACCUUUUGCAUGAAGUGUUUCUUUAUUGUUCAUGGAAGUCCUAUGGCAUGCUUUUUAAA